CUAUCGGACUAGACUAUUUCUCGGAUUAAACAAGAAAAGAGCUUACACAAACAACAUAAUGGACGAUUUGCUUUUAAGAAGGCUUAGGCUCAUUAACGACAAACUCACCACAGACCUAGAAGUUAUUCCUGUUACCAUUAAUUCAGAGAACUUAGGGCAGGCUCAAAUUACUUACAGUAAAUUAGAUGCAUCUCUGAAAAGACUUGACAACGACUUGAUGGAGUACUUUCGCUUGGCUUCAACACCUGCUUCUGAUGAAAUAUGUUUACUGAGUGGAUUGCAACUUCAAGCAGAGGAGACUUUGGCUGAACUUAAAGUGAAGAUCGAUCAAAUAACUUUGAAAAGCAACGCUACAGAGAAACCUCCGGAAGCGAAUGCCUCGUGCCGACUCCCUAAACUUCAGCUGCCGGUGUAUAGUGGAGACGUGCUCUUUUGGUGUGAGUUCUGGGACUCCUUCAAGAGCAACAUUGAUUCAAGAAAUCUGCCUGAUGUUGACAAGCUCUCCUAUCUUAAAGCCUCGGUGACGGGAGAUGCCAAGAAAGCCAUAGAUGGUCUGUCUACUACUAAUGCUAAUUAUAGAAUAGCCAUAUCAAUCCUGAAGGAGCGUUUCGGCAAGACCUCUCAUCUCAUUGACGCGCAUUAUGCAACACUAUAUAAGGUUAAGAUGGCCAAAAGCACCGCUGAAGACUGUAGAAAGACAUUCAACGAAGUUGAACGAAAUCUCAAAAUUUUGGAAUCAUUAGGUGAAAACAUCAAUCACAAUCAUCUUCGUUUUAUGUUGCUGGAGAAAUUUCCACCCGAUCUAGUUUACGAAAUUAAGCUGAAGGUUAAUGAUGAUUCUAUACAAGAAAUCAGGAACCAAUUAGAUAGAAUUAUUACCGCAAAAGAGGAUGCUGAAAGGAUUUCAGGAAGAAAACGCACGCAUGAAGCAGAAGAUAGUACAGUCGGAACUCUACAUAUAAAUGUGAAACGUGCAAGAAGCGCAUAUCCACCCAAACAGCAACAAGGUCCCCCUAAGAAACAAAAUCCUCAAGGAGGUUUUGAUAGAAGAUCGGAAAGGAAGAAUAAGUUUGAUAGUAUUAAUAAACCCAAUAAAUGGAACAGACCAAAACAAACUCCGACUUCUAACAAGGAUCAACCAGAACCUCAGCAGGGCUCUUCGAAGGGGAGAACAGCGUGGACAUGCAUCUUUUGCAAAGGUGAUCAUUACAAUGAUAAGUGCUCUGAAGCUACUACCUUAGCAGAAAGAAAGAAACGACUUGGAAAGAAAUGCUUCAUGUGUUUGAAGUUAGGCCACUUUAUAAAAGACUGCAAGAACAAACGUAAGUGUACCAUUUGCUGUAGUGAGACACCGCAUAACAGAGCUUUAUGCCAUUUAAAUUUUCAGAAGGAUACUGCAAUGAAGAAACAGUCCUGGCGGUUCUAGGAAAGGGAUUCACUACUCUUCAAACUUCUGUCGUUAGGGCUAACCCCCUAGAUGAUAAAAAUAAACAAUAUAAAUAUAGACUUCUUUUAGAUCCAGGCUCUCAGCGCUCCUAUGUCACAUUUCAAACUGCCAAGGAAUUGAAGCUUCCCAUUGAAGAGGAAAGUCAUUUAACUAUAUUUACCUUCGGUGAAGAUCCUCCUAAAGAAAUACAUAGUCCAAUAGUUACUUUACAAUUGCUGUCAAGGACAAAUAAGAAGA